CCCUUAUGGUCCGCUCCUACCUGCCUCCAGUGCACAAGUCAAGGCUCAUCGCGGGAAUGCUAUGUGCCCCCUCCGUGAGCCCACGCUCCACCACUGCUCCAGGUUGGCUGCUCCUCCUCUGCCUUCCCAUGACCCUGGGCUGCGGCCGCUGCCCCGCUCUCCUCCGCAAUGUUUCCUAGCCCUGUGACAACGACACCCUUCUCGGUCAAGGAUAUUUUGAACCUGGAGCAGCACCAGAGCGGCCUGGCGCCCAUGGAGCUCUCGGCGCUGUCCUCGCCCUCCUGCAUGCUCGCCACCUUCAAGCAGGAGACGUACAGCGCCGAGCCCCCGGCCCUGCCCGAGCUGCGCGAGGAGCUGCCCGAGGCGCACCCCGCCAAAGGCGCCUUCCCCGGCUCCUACUACGUUAAGAGCUACGUGGAAAUGGACUCGGCCAAGGACUCCAAGGCGGACAAGAAAGAACUGUGCUCCCUGCACAAGAGCCUGGAGCAGGAGAAGAGAGACCUGGAGGAUCCCGAGCGCCCCAGACAAAGGAAGAGGAGGAAACCUCGCGUGCUCUUUUCUCAAGCCCAAGUCUACGAACUGGAGAGAAGGUUCAAGCAGCAGAAGUAUCUCUCGGCCCCCGAGAGAGACCAUCUAGCAAACGUCCUAAAGCUCACCUCUACCCAGGUUAAAAUUUGGUUCCAGAAUAGAAGGUAUAAAUGCAAAAGGCAGAGACAGGAUCAGACCCUGGAAAUGGUGGGGAUCCCGCCGCCGCGGCGGAUAGCGGUGCCCGUGCUGGUGCGCGAUGGGAAGCCCUGCUUGGGGGAGUCUUCUCCCUACAGUUCGCCCUACAAUGUCAGCAUCAACCCCUACAGCUACAACGCCUACCCCGCGUACACCAACUACAACAGCCCCGCCUGCAACGCCAACUACAACUGCAACUACCCCUCCAUGCAGACCAUGCAGCCCUCCGCGGCCGGCAACAACUUCAUGAACUUCGGCGUGGGGGACUUGAACGCGGUGCAGACGCCCAUCCCGCAGGGCAACGCCGGCAUCUCCACGCUGCACGGCAUCCGCGCCUGGUAGGCAGCUCCGCGCCCGCGGGCCGCCGCUGGGACGUUUGCAGGCCGCGGGGAGGACGAGGAGGACGGUUCGGUGUAGUAGCCCAGCGGAUUUCACUAGCGCGGUGCCCGCUUGCAGGGCGAGGCGCGGAGCGGUUGGCGCAGCGGCGCUGCUCCGCGGGAGCCGAGGCAGCCGCGGGCGCGGGAAGGGGCAGCGCGGCGCCGCGGGGAGCUCCCGAGCAGCGCGGCCGGCCCCGGGCAGCGCCUGGCCCCCUCGGCUCCCCCCUCCACGGGGGCCUUCGCCCCGGUAAUUCCCCUCCUUCCUUUUCUCCGAAGCAGCCCGUCGUUUUGCUGGACUCGUUCCCAAUAACUGGCAAGUGCAAGCCAAGCCCUGCGAACUUUUUUUUUUCUACUAUUAUAAUAAUUAUUGUUGAGAUUCACGUUUAAUUUUUGCACUUCCCGUACGGUCACCGCUGUCCGGCCAGUUCAGCGUCUCGCAGCCCCUGGGUCUCCCCUCGCCGGGCUGCUGCGCCCGGAGGCGCCCGGUGCCGCUGCCCGGAGCGGGGGAGGACACGGCGGCAGCUCCGGCCAGCGCACGCCCUAGGACAGACACCCCCCCCCCCCCGACCCCGGCCGAGGAACUCAGCCCCCCCGACGUGCCAGGUCCUUGUAGGGUGAUGCACUAAACCGUGAGUUAGCGUUGAAAUGCACUGUGCGCUCCUCGCCCCGCCGCCCCUUCGUACGUGUUUCCCUUUGCUGUACAAGCUGAUGGAGAUCGGCGAUUUUGUCAUUAAAGAGAGUGGCUUAACACUG